GAGCAGUAUAUAUUCAUCCAUGAUGCCAUCCUAGAGGCUUGUCUAUGUGGAGAAACAGCCAUACCAGUCUGUGAGUUCAAAGCUGCUUUUUAUGAGCUGAUCCGCAUCGACUCGCAGACCAACUCGUCACAUCUGAAGGAUGAGUUCCAGACAUUAAAUUCGGUGACUCCUCAGCCUCAGCCUGAAGACUGCAGCAUCGCAUUGUUGCCUAGAAACCAAGAUAAGAACCGCUUUAUGGACGGCCUUCCUCCUGACAGAUGCCUUCCCUUCCUCAUUACAAUAGAUGGAGAAAGCAGCAAUUACAUCAACGCUGCUCUGAUGGAU